UAACAUUCUGUCAAAAAACGACAGCAAAAUAAAAGAAGAAUUCGGAGAAUUCUCAAAUAAUUAUUUGCAAAAUGUUCUAAAACUCAAAAAAAUACUCGACUAACUAAAAAAAAGUGACAUGGUUAUAUGGCGAAACUAAAGCUAAAUUCAUUCAAUCUCCAAUGCUUGUAAACAUUGCUUCACAAUAAAUAUAACCUUAAAACACAUGUACGGUUCAAGUGUAUUUAGAGUAGCUAGAACAAGUAGUGUUCGAUAUUUCAAGAACGGUAGUAAUAAAAAACUGUUGGAAUUUCUAGCCAGCAUGCCGAAGGCUAACACUGCGCGGAUAACCGAGGCGCAGCAGCAGAGGCAUCACAUCUCGAAGAAGAGCGAGAAAUACGGACCUAGCACCGUUUAUUUACAAGUGCUGGGCUCGGGCGCUCGUGGCGUUCCUAACACGCUCUACCUCUUUACUGAUCAUAAACGAUACCUUUUCAAUUGCGGAGAGUGUACCCAAAGAUUGGCACAUGAGCACAAAGUCAAACUGUCAAGAUUGGAGCAUGUGUUCAUAACAAGAAAAACUUGGAAGAAUAUAGGAGGUCUGCCGGGUCUGUCAUUAACACUGCAAGAUGUUGGGGUCCCGGAGAUCACACUACAUGGGCCUGAGGGCUUGGAUGAACUCUACAAUGCGACUAAGAGGUUCGUCAUAAUGAAAGAGAUGCAAGUGAAUAAAGCACCUUCCAGCCCUCUAGAGGACUACGAGGACAGUGUUAUGACCGUCAAAUAUAUUCACAUGUUUCCGCGACUGACAAUGCUCCAAGAUAUUCCCCCGCAGCCGCCGAAGCGCGCCCGUCUUGGCGACGUCCCCGCGCUUACGUACGAUCAGUUCACACGCGACAAGACCGACUACUAUAAUUGCUGUCCAGAGGGCGAGGAAAGUAAAUCCCCAACCCCAAGGUCAUCUAGGAGUCCAGAUCAUCGCGAGAGGAAAAAAGAUUUUAUAGACAUUCCAACUUCGGUUGCGUACAUUUGUACAUUAAAGAAACGUCUGGGCAGCCUAGACUUAGCCAAGUGCGUGGAAAAGGGAGUACCUCCAGGGCCUUUACUAGGACAACUGAAGAGUGGGAUAGAUGUAGUACUGGCCGAUGGCACUUUAGUCAUGUCUAAAGAAGUCACGAGGCCUGAAGAUCCUGGUCCGGUCUUCAUAGUUCUGGAAGUACCAGAAAUCAGCUACCUGAGCGAAGAGCUAUUCCAGACACACUUCGAUAACGGCACCAACUUAGCGGAGCAUAUACCCACACUCAUCGUUCACAUGACGCCGCCAGAGGUGUUCCGUCACAAGAAAUACCAAUCAUUCAUGGCGAAAUUCGGCCCAACAACACAGCACCUGAUACUCAACUCGCAGAAUUCGUGUCUCGGUUCCGAAGCCGUGCAUCGCACUCAACACAAACUACAUCUACUGGACCCUGAGGUUUUCCCUCUGCUUAAGGACCCGAGCAUACCAGCCGAAUGGAACCCCCAUCCACCCGUGCCGAAGACUAAUAGUCCCACCAAAAUAAAGGGUAUCGAAGACCUGAAGAACAGGAUUGCCAUGGCCCAGUUCCAGAAUAUCAUCAACGCGGAGGUAAAGCCCAAAGACUAUUCUGACGAGAUCGGGGGACCGAAACUGGAAAUUCACUCCUCAAGGACUCUUACGAUGUUCCAUCUUAGGCCCAAGAGAGAGAUUGACAGAUCGGUCGAACCAAAACUGCACAUCCAAGAUUACUACCAGGAGACCAUGGACGUAGAAGGGUUCGUGGGGUGCCUGGACAACUUCCGAGCGCAGGUCCAGAGUCUGCGCUACGCGAACAACGCCAACAGCGAAGAGUACCCGAAGGUCGUGUUCCUGGGCACCGGCAGCUGCAUACCGAGCAAGACUAGGAACACCAGCGCUAUCAUUGUCCAUGUCGACGACCAAAGCACCAUACUUCUUGACUGCGGGGAAGGUACAUUCGGGCAGCUAGUCCGGUUCUACGGGCCGAGGAAAGUGGACGAACUGCUUAGGACACUGAAAGCUAUAUACAUAUCACAUCUACACGCCGAUCAUCACAUAGGUUUAAUAGGAGUAUUGCAAGCCCGCGCGGCGGCCUUCACCAACGCCCCAGAGAAGAAUGUCCCGCUUCUUUUGCUGGCCCCUGGACAAAUUGUGACGUGGCUCACUAAGUAUGACAAGCAGUUCGAGAAAAUAGCCGCAGAGUAUAUGCUCAUACCUAAUCAGAAUCUCAUGAAUCCAAACGACUCGGCCUUAACACCAACACUUCUCGCCAGUAUCGGGCUAGAGUCGGUACUGACUUGUCUCGUGCCGCACUGCCCUAACGCGUUCGGAGUGGCCAUUACUGCCGCUGGGCACAAGAUCACGUACAGUGGCGACACGCUGCCUACUGAUAAACUGGUCAAGAUUGGCCAUGACUCGACCAUCCUCAUACAUGAGGCGACGAUGGAAGAUGAACUGGCUGACGAAGCAAGGAUCAAGAUGCAUUCGACGACGUCGCAAGCGAUAGAGAUUGGACGCAAAAUGAACGCCAAGUACACGGUGCUGACACAUUUCAGCCAACGAUAUGCGCGACUGCCGCGCCUCUACGCUCGUGUACUUACUGAAAAUAACGUCGGCAUCGCGUUUGACAAUAUGCAGGUAACACUAAGCGACCUUCCCCUCCUCCCGCACAUGUACGGCCCUCUCCAACUCAUGUUCGCCGAGCACUGCGUAGACAUGGAACUCAAGGCCGCCUCUCGCGAGCGGCGAAAAGAAAAGUCCUCCACUAACAUCCCCGGUACUAAACAUUCUUCCACUGGCAACACUUCUAAAGCCACAGAAAAGAGUAAUGUAAAAGAGACCGUAGACUCGGUAGCGCAGAUUAAGGAUAACAUUGAAAAUGUUGCCAUAGACGCCAGUGUGAAGCAGACGUAAAAUAGUGUUGCUAGUUGGCUGUGUAUAUCGUUUGUGGUUGAGACAAUUUGUUUAUUUAUAUUAUAGUUAUGUUUAGCCGUUAAGGCAUUGUGAUUUGUGCCUCAUAUCGUAAUGUCAAAUUUAGUUUUAAUGUCACUUUGACUGCUUCGUUUUAGUUCUGUUGUAUUUAGAUGACUAGUUUGUAAUAAAAAAUAUGUUGUCUAAGUGUAUUGUAAGUAUACAAUAAAGUAUAUUGUUGAAUA